GCUCAGCUGGCUUCGCUCGGCUAGCAGCCUGCUCAUACGCUUCAUUGUGUCGAUUGCGUUGCUCGUGACAGGACGAUUCCGGAAAUAAAGACGGCAAAGCGCACGGUAGUGUAUCCAACAGAAAAAAAUUGUAGCAAAUAGUGGGAGUGUGAGUUGAAUUGGGAGCAUUUUAACCCUAUAUAUGUAAUUAAAAAAUGUAAAUAAUAGCAAAUUUUCUAAGUGUAUAAGUGAAAUAUUUGUAAAAAAUUGAUAAAAAAAAGUGUUUUAAAGCGAAAAAAUUGCAAUUGAAAAUUUAGAUUCUAAGCGAGUCAAGGCAUGAAAAUUCGCUUAUAGCCAAGUUGCCAUUUUUUGUGUGUGUACCUAGUAUACGACGGAAGGAAAACUUCAGUUCUGCACCAGCGCGUGUAUGUGUGCGUAAGCAAACGCGUAAAGUGUAUUGUGUAUAUGUGUACAACAAAUAUGUAUUAGUGGUGGUAGUACACUAAGGAUAUAGAAGAAAAAAUUCUCUAUUGUAUUCAAAAGGAAAUUAAAUACAUACUUACAUACAUGCAAACAAUUUCUUUUUGGCGAAAGUUUUCCAACAUUUUGGAAGCGUGCUUUGUGAAAUACAAAGAUUUUACAAUGAAAUAAUAAUAAAAAUACACAGCAUAUAAGUUUUUGCUACACACGAUCUUCUCCCCAGUGGAUUAAAACGCAAAAAUCAAUAAUUCGGAUUAGCCGCCUGUGUGACGAUACAAACUGAAAAGACUUCCUGAAAAUGUAUUAGAACCGAGUAAUUAAACUCAAAACAGUGUUUAGUGAAACUGAUCGACGAGUGCAAUCGACAGUGCAAAAAUUUGUGUAAAAAACUAGUAAAGUUCGAAGCAGCGAAAGAAAUACAAAACGCGUGCCACAAUGGUGGCGCGUUGCUCUUCCGAGCUGCAGCAGCAGCGGGGGCAUUCGCAUAACAGAACAACACGCGAUUUCGAUACAAUGCCCCGAAUAAACCCGCGUACUUCGUCCAAUCGCUCAAAAAAUAUCGAAUCGCAUUUCUUCCAUACGCCACCUUCAUUACCUCGCUUCUUCAUGUUGGCCAUCAUUAUCAGCGCGCUGCUCAUGCAUAUUUCUAAUACGGAAGCGCAUAUGACCGCAACUGCCAACGGCGAAGGCAUGUCGCAUGCGGUUGGUAUUUCGGCAGCAAAUGCUGCGCGCAUGUUAGCUGGUAGCGGUGGCACAGCCGGCAGUGAGUACUCCCUUGUACUGCCACAUGAUACCUAUCCCGGAUUUAGUAUUAAGCGAUUCAAAACAAUGCCAGUGAAUGAUUCGAACUCAGCGAUGGCAAAAACUUCCUCGUCGGUAUCGACAUCUGUUGGAGCUUAUCAUAUGCUUGCCGGUGAUUACUCCAAAUAUUUUACAGUACUUGACGAUGGUGUGGUUAUGACUACAUCAGAUAUUUCCCCACUAGUUAAUCGUCCGGUGAAUCUCGUUGUGGUCGAGGAGACACCUAACGCCACCAAUACACAUAAUCUGCAGUUGUUUGUUAUGCAUCGCAGUGAUAUGUUGCGAUUCCCCGGCACUAUGCUAGAUGCAAGUGGGGAGGUGCGUGAGAAUCGCCCCACAGGCACACGUGUACGCGGCAUACCAUUAAUGCAAGCGCUAAGUGGAGAUGCAGCUGUUGAAAAUAAUACCGGUGCUUCUAAGAAGGUGCGUUACACCAUCAUUGACGGCAAUGAUGAUGAGGCAUUUGCACUGCAGACGCGUAAAUCUACUAAAGAAAGCGAUAUGAAUGUAGAAUCCAUUACGGUCGAUAGUGAUGGUGAAACCGGUGUGUGGUUGGUCACCAAUCGACCAUUGGAUCGUGAAACGAAAGCGCACUAUGACUUAUCGGUACAGGCCUCAGACAUAGAUGAACUCGAUAAAAUCAUCUCGAAAAUUCAGGUGACUGUAUUGGACGAAAAUGAUAACCACCCUAUAUUUAAAUCCACCGAAUACAAAUUCGCUAUUGCUGGUCAGAAGAGCCCUAGCUUGGAGGGCAACGCAACAACCACUUGGAAACGGUUCAGUAUACUGGGUAAGGUCGAAGCAACUGACGCGGAUGGAGAUAAGAUUGCCUAUAGGCUAAGUGCGCCUAGUAAUAUUGUCAUCAUUGUGCCCCAAACUGGCGAAAUAAUGUUAGCUGAUCAACCUCAAACUUCCGAAUUGCUGAUCGAAGUAGAAGCACACGACUUACGCUAUCCCAGUUUGAUGAGCAAGCAAUCAGCUAAAGUAUUGCUUGAGUUUCUAGCGCCAGAACCGGUUUCUUUCAUAAUGCAGCACUUGGAGCACGAUGCUAUCAAUGAGCACUCACAUCAUCGCGAGAAACGUCGGGUAACGCGCGCGGUACGCCCGACUAAACGCAUCGAGUUUACUGAAGCCGAUGGCGAUACCGAAGGCAAAUCCGUCUUCCAGUUGGAGAAAGAGACCGAUAAGGAAACUUUCAAAAUACGCGACGACAAUCCGUGGGUGACUGUCGAAACAAAUGGCGCGGUGCGUGUGAAAAAGAAGUGGGACUAUGAAGAGCUGGGUCCAGAGAAAACUAUCGAUUUUUGGGUGAUCAUCACCAACACUGGACAACAUGUCUCCGACCUCAAGUACACCGACAAUCAGCGCGUCAUCAUCCACGUGAAGGAUGUCAAUGAUGAACCACCAUAUUUUAUUAAUCGUCCGUUGCCAAUGCAAGCUGUCGUACAACUUAAUGCUCCGCCCAAUACACCAGUUUUUACAUUACAAGCGCGUGAUCCGGACACCGAUCAUAACAUACAUUAUUUCAUUGUACGUGAUCGUACCGGUGGACGUUUCGAAGUGGAUGAACGUUCGGGUGUCGUACGCACCCGUGGCACUGAUCUUUUCCAAUUGGAUAUGGAAUAUGUUUUAUAUGUGAAAGCUGAGGAUCAAAAUGGGAAAGUGGAUGAUCGCCGUUUCCAGAGCACACCCGAGGAGCGUCUUUCUAUUGUCGGUGGUAAACGGGCACCACAAUUCUACAUGCCCAGCUAUGAAGCAGAGAUACCGGAAAAUCAGAAGAAGGAUUCUGACAUCAUCUCGGUGAAAGCGAAAUCUUUUGCGGAUCGAGAAAUACGCUACACAUUAAAGGCGCAAGGACAGGGUGCUGGUACAUUCAACAUUGGCCCGUCCUCGGGUAUUGUUAAGUUGGCAAAGGAAUUGGAUUUCGAGGAUUUACGACAGCCACACGUCUACUCGCUGAUAGUUACCGCCACCGAGGACUCGGGUGGUUUCUCCACAUCCGUUGAGUUAACUAUUCGCGUAACGGAUGUUAACGACAAUGCGCCGAAGUUCGAGUUGCCUGAUUACCAAGCGCACAACGUCGACGAAGACAUACCGCUCGGAACUAGUAUUCUACGUGUCAAAGCAAUGGACUCUGACUCGGGUGCAAAUGCCGAAAUUGAAUAUCUAGUUUCGGAUGAUCACUUUGCGGUCGAUUCGAACGGCAUUAUUGUCAAUAAUAAACAACUCGAUGCCGACAACAACAAUGCCUAUUAUGAAUUCAUUGUGACAGCAAAAGAUAAAGGUGAACCUUCGAAAUCUGGCACUGCCACUGUACGUGUCUACACGAAAAAUAAGAACGACGAGGAGCCAAAGUUCUCACAGCAAGUCUAUACACCGAAUGUGGAUGAAAAUGCCGGACCUAACACACUUGUCACCACUGUGGUGGCAUCCGAUAAGGAUGGUGAUAAUGUACGCUUCGGAUUUGUCGGUGGUGGCACAUCGUCUGGACAAUUUGUUAUCGAGGACAUAACCGGUGUGAUACGCUUACAUAAUAAGGCCAUAUCAUUGGAUCGCGACAAGUAUGAAUUGAAUGUGACAGCCAUGGAUGAUGGUUCGUGUUGUGUUAAUGGUGAUCAUACCAUACACACCUCCACCGCUGUCGUGGUAGUCUUUAUUACCGACGUGAAUGACAAUAAGCCCGUGUUUAAAGAUUGCGGCACCUAUUAUCCAAAAGUGGAAGAGGGUGCACCCAAUGGCAGUCCUGUGAUAAAAGUGGUCGCCACCGAUGAGGACAAAGGCGUGAAUGGACAGGUCAAGUACUCAAUCGUACAACAGCCGAAUCAAAAAGGCACGAAAUUCACAGUCGACGAAGAAACCGGUGAAGUAUCAACCAACAAAGUGUUCGAUCGUGAAGGUGACGAUGGUAAAUUUGUGUCAGUGACUGUCAAAGCAACGGAUCAGGGAGAGCCCAGCUUGGAAGGUGUUUGCUCGUUUACAGUGGAAAUCACUGAUGUUAACGACAACCCACCAUUAUUUGAUCGACAGAAAUAUGUGGAAAAUGUGAAACAAGAUGCCAGUAUUGGCACCAAUAUUUUACGUGUCUCCGCCUCAGAUGAGGACGCCGAUAACAAUGGCGCCAUUGUUUACAGCUUGAGUGCGCCAUUUAAUCCCAACGACUUGGAAUACUUUGACAUACAAGCGGAAUCGGGUUGGAUCGUGCUGAAGAAGCCCCUUGACGGUUGCUAUCCACGUGAAACAUAUAAAUUAGAGGCAAUGGCGCAGGACAAAGGCUACCCGCCGCUGUCGCGUACCGUCGAGGUGCAAAUCGACGUAGUCGAUCGUGCCAAUAAUCCGCCCGUAUGGGACAAUACGGUGUAUGGGCCGAUUUACGUCAAGGAAAAUAUGCCAGUCGGUGGGAAAGUCGUCUCGAUCAAAGCCAGUUCGGGUAUUGAAGGCAAUCCGACUGUGUUUUAUCGCCUAAUGCCUGGGUCUACCGCACAGACCAACAAAUUUCAUACGUUUUAUUUGCAACAAAGACCGGAUAAUGGGGAUACAUGGGCUGAUAUAAAGGUGAAUCAUCCCUUGGAUUAUGAAAGUAUAAAGGAGUAUAAUUUGACGAUACGUGUGGAGAACAAUGGCGCCCAACAAUUGGCAUCCGAGGCGACCGUCUACAUUAUGCUCGAGGAUGUAAACGACGAGAUACCAUUGUUUACGGAGCGUGAACAGGAGACCGUAUUGGAAGGUGAACCCAUUGGCACGAAAGUGACGCAAGUGAAUGCCAUUGACAAGGAUGGCACAUUUCCAAAUAAUCAGGUCUAUUACUACAUUGUCGACUCACCACGAAACGAAGGCAAAGAAUUCUUCGAAAUAAACUUGCAGAGUGGCGAAAUCUUCACCAAAACCGUGUUUGACAGGGAGAAGAAAGGCGCCUAUGCGCUGGAAGUGGAAGCACGUGAUGGCGCGCCCUCAGCGCGACCCAACAGCAAUGGACAACCCAAUUCAGUGACGAAAUUUAUACGCAUUGGCAUCGCCGAUAAGAACGACAACCCGCCCUAUUUCGACAAGUCGCUCUACGAAGCAGAGGUGGAUGAGAACGAAGAUAUCCAACACACUGUGCUGACCGUUACAGCUAAAGAUCACGACGAAUCAUCGCGUAUACGUUAUGAAAUUACGAGUGGAAACAUUGGUGGAGCUUUUGCUGUGAAAAAUAUGACUGGAGCCAUUUAUGUGGCCGGUGCAUUGGAUUACGAAACUCGCCGAAGGUAUGAGCUGCGUUUAGCCGCUUCCGAUAACUUGAAGGAAAACUAUACGACCGUCAUAAUUCAUGUUAAGGAUGUCAACGAUAAUCCACCAGUUUUUGAACGUCCCACCUAUCGCACGCAAAUCACCGAAGAAGAUGACCGCAAUUUGCCGAAACGUGUGCUUCAGGUCACCGCCACCGAUGGAGAUAAGGAUCGCCCUCAAAAUAUUGUUUACUUUUUGACAGGUCAAGGCAUCGAUCCGGAUAAUCCUGCCAAUAGUAAAUUCGAUAUAAAUCGCACCACGGGAGAAAUAUUCGUGCUUAAGCCACUUGAUCGUGAUCAACCGAACGGGCGUCCGCAAUGGCGUUUCACAGUUUUCGCGCAAGACGAAGGUGGUGAGGGUCUUGUCGGUUAUGCUGAUGUGCAAGUGAAUUUGAAAGACAUCAACGAUAAUGCACCGAUCUUCCCACAAGGCGUCUACUUUGGCAAUGUGACAGAGAACGGUACUGCCGGUAUGGUGGUGAUGACCAUGACAGCGGUUGAUUACGAUGAUCCAAAUGAGGGAUCUAAUGCAAAGCUCGUAUACUCCAUUGAGAAGAAUGUGAUUGAAGAGGAAACGGGUUCGCCUAUUUUCGAAAUAGAACCUGACACCGGUGUUAUAAAAACUGCAGUCUGUUGUUUGGAUCGUGAGCGCACCCCGGAUUAUUCUAUACAAGUGGUUGCCAUGGACGGCGGGGGGUUAAAGGGCACGGGGACGGCUUCUAUACGUGUGAAAGAUAUCAACGAUAUGCCGCCGCAAUUUACAAAAGACGAAUGGUUUACAGAGGUGGACGAAACGGAUGGCACAACAUUGCCCGAAAUGCCUAUACUUACAGUGACGGUACAUGAUGAGGAUGAAACAAACAAGUUCCAGUACAAAGUUAUCGAUAACAGUGGUUAUGGCGCUGAUAAGUUCACUAUGGUGCGAAACAAUGAUGGUACAGGCUCACUAAAAAUUGUACAACCACUAGAUUAUGAAGACCAGUUACAAAGCAAUGGAUUCCGCUUUCGCAUUCAAGUUAAUGACAAGGGUGAGGACAACGACAACGAUAAAUACCAUGUUGCCUACUCUUGGGUUGUGGUAAAGCUACGUGAUAUAAACGAUAACAAGCCGCACUUUGAACGUGCUAAUGUGGAAGUGUCUGUGUUUGAAGACACUAAAGUUGGCACGGAAUUGGAGAAAUUCAAAGCGACAGAUCCCGAUCAAGGCGGUAAAAGCAAAGUUUCAUAUUCAAUCGAUCGCUCCUCAGAUCGGCAGCGACAAUUCGCUAUCAAUCAAAAUGGUUCGGUGACAAUACAACGUUCAUUGGAUCGGGAAGUUGUGCCACGACACCAAGUAAAAAUUUUGGCAAUUGAUGACGGUUCACCACCAAAAACCGCAACUGCUACACUGACAGUAAUUGUGCAGGAUAUUAAUGAUAAUGCACCGAAAUUCUUAAAAGAUUAUCGGCCUGUGUUGCCAGAGCAUGUGCCUCCAAGAAAGGUGGUUGAAAUAUUGGCUACAGACGAUGAUGAUCGUUCAAAAAGCAAUGGACCUCCAUUCCAAUUUAGACUGGAUCCCAGCGCUGAUGACAUAAUACGCGCGUCUUUCAAAGUGGAACAAGAUCAGAAGGGCGCUAAUGGCGAUGGCAUGGCUGUAAUCUCCUCUCUCCGCUCUUUCGAUCGUGAGCAACAGAAAGAGUACAUGAUUCCGAUUGUGAUUAAGGACCACGGCUCACCUGCGAUGACCGGCACCAGCACACUAACUGUCAUCAUUGGAGACGUAAAUGACAAUAAAAUGCAACCCGGAUCCAAAGAUAUUUUUGUUUACAAUUAUCAAGGUCAGUCACCGGAUACACAAAUUGGACGCGUGUAUGUGUAUGAUCUGGAUGAUUGGGACUUGCCAGACAAGAAAUUCUAUUGGGAUCCGCAAGAACAUCCACGAUUCAAAUUGGACGAGGAUUCAGGCAUGGUAACGAUGCGUGCCGGUACACGCGAAGGACGUUAUCAUUUGCGCUUUAAGGUAUACGAUCGCAAACACACCCAAACCGAUGUGCCCGCCAAUAUUACGGUGACAGUCCGCGAGAUCUCUCACGAAGCGGUAAUCAAUUCAGGUUCUAUACGCGUCUCCGGUAUAACAGAUGAGGAUUUCAUAAGAGUCUGGAAUUAUCGCACACAGAGUUUGAGUCGCUCAAAAUUGGAUCGUUUCCGAGACAAAUUGGCGGAUCUGCUGAAUGCGGAUCGUGAGAACGUAGAUAUAUUUAGUGUGCAACUGAAGCGUCGGCAUCCACCACUCACCGAUAUACGUUUCUCUGCGCAUGGCUCGCCCUACUACAAACCGGUACGUCUCAAUGGUAUUGUGCUCAUGAAUCGAGAGGAGAUUGAGAAAGAUGUGGGAUUCAAUAUCACCAUGGUUGGAAUUGAUGAAUGUUUGUAUGAGAAUCAGAUGUGCGAAGGCUCCUGCACAAAUACAUUGGAUAUCAGCUCUCUGCCUUAUAUGGUGAAUGCGAAUAAGACCGCAUUGGUGGGUGUGCGCGUAGAUACGCUUGCUGAGUGCACUUGUGGCGCUCGCAACUUUUCGAAACCUGAGUCGUGUCGUAACACACCUUGCUACAAUGGUGGACGUUGUGUAGAUACACGGUUUGGUCCGCACUGUUCCUGCCCGGCAGGCUAUAAUGGUCCACGCUGCCAACAAACAACUCGCAGCUUCCGAGGCAAUGGUUGGGCGUGGUACCCACCACUAGAAAUGUGUGAUGAAUCACAUUUGAGUUUAGAGUUCAUAACUAGAAAACCGGAUGGUCUUUUCAUCUACAAUGGACCGAUCGUUCCACCAGAACGCGAAGAAAUGAUUAUUACUGAUUACAUAGCGCUCGAAUUAGAACGUGGUUAUCCACGUUUACUUAUGGAUUUCGGUUCCGGUACGUUAGAACUGCGCGUCAAAACAAAAAAGUCGCUUGAUGACGGUGAAUGGCAUCGUAUCGAUAUAUUUUGGGAUACAGAGAGUGUACGCAUGGUUAUAGACUUCUGUAAAUCUGCAAACAUUAGUGAAAUGGAAGAUGGCUCACCACCCGAAUUUGAUGACAUGUCCUGUCAGGCGCGUGGACAAAUACCUCCGUUCAAUGAAUACCUCAAUGUUAAUGGACCCCUUCAGGUGGGUGGCAUCUACCGCGACCUCUUCGAUCCGUCACUUUAUUUCUGGCAUUAUGCGCCCAACGCCAAAGCUUUCGAUGGCUGCAUACGUAAUUUGAUAUUUAAUUCUAAGCUCUAUGACCUGGCGCAUCCAGGACUUUCACGCAAUAGUGUAACUGGUUGUCAACAAACUGAAGAAGUUUGCUCUCAAUCAGAGCAAACAGCACGCUGCUGGGAACACGGCAACUGUGUUGGCUCUCUUUCAGAAGCACGUUGCCAGUGCCGCCCCGGCUGGACGGGACCUGCUUGCAAUAUACCCACCAUACCGACCACCUUCAAGCAACAGAGCUACGUUAAGUAUGCACUCAGCUUUGAGCCAGAUCGAUUUAGUACACAAAUACAAUUACGUUUCCGUACACGUGAGCAACACGGCGAACUGUUUCGUGUUUCGGACCAACAUAACCGCGAAUAUGGAAUUUUAGAAAUUAAGGAUGCGCGUCUACACUUCCGCUACAAUCUCAAUUCACUGCGUACGGAGGAGAAAGAUUUAUGUUUGAACGCAGUCGCGGUCGACGAUGGUCAAUGGCAUGUGGUACGCAUUAAUCGUUAUGGUUCGGCAGCUACCCUGGAGCUAGAUGGUGGCGAAGGACGACGUUACAAUGAGACAUUCGAAUUUGUGGGUCAUCAAUGGCUACUGGUCGACAAGCAGGAGGGUGUAUAUGCUGGAGGUAAAGCUGAAUAUACGGGCGUGCGUACAUUUGAGGUGUAUGCGGAUUACCAAAAGAGCUGCCUGGACGACAUUAGGCUUGAAGGCAAACAUUUACCCUUACCACCCGCUAUGAAUGGCACGCAAUGGGGUCAAGCCACUAUGGCGCGUAAUCUGGAAAAGAACUGUCCCUCCAAUAAACCUUGUUCAAAUGUCAUAUGCCCAGAGCCGUUCGAAUGUGUGGAUCUGUGGAACGAAUAUGAGUGCACUUGCGGUGAAGGACGCGUCAUGUCGCCAGACGCCAAAGGCUGCAUGGAUCGCAACGAAUGUCUGGACUUGCCAUGUCUGAAUGGUGCCACUUGCAUCAAUUUGGACCCACGUCUGCGUUACCGUUGCAUCUGUCCGGAUGGCUUUUGGGGCGAGAAUUGCGAAUUGGUGCAAGAGGGGCAAACGCUGAAGUUGAGCAUGGGCGCACUGGCAGCCAUAUUGGUUUGCCUGCUGGUCAUACUGAUUCUCGUGCUUGUGUUCGUUGUUUAUAAUCGCCGUCGUGAGGCGCAUAUUAAAUACCCUGGUCCGGAUGAUGACGUGCGAGAGAAUAUUAUCAACUAUGAUGACGAGGGUGGCGGCGAGGACGACAUGACUGCAUUCGAUAUUACACCGCUACAAAUACCAAUCGGCGGGCCAAUGCCACCCGAGCUGGCGGCCAUGAAAAUGCCAAUAAUGUAUCCGGUGAUGACGCUAAUGCCCGGCCAGGAGCCAAACGUGGGCAUGUUCAUUGAGGAGCACAAAAAGCGUGCCGAUGGUGACCCAAAUGCACCGCCUUUCGAUGACUUACGCAACUACGCUUAUGAAGGUGGCGGCAGCACAGCCGGUUCGCUGAGUUCGCUGGCCUCUGGCACUGAUGAUGAGGCGCACGAGUAUGAUUACUUGGGCUCGUGGGGGCCACGCUUCGGCAAACUGGCCAACAUGUACGGCGAUGAAGUGAACGCUGCAGCUGCACACCCCGAAUUAGGAUUGUAAAAACAUAGAGGACAAAAACGGAAAAAUGCUCUAUAAGUACUGCAAAAGCAGCGAAAUACACAUAAGAAUAAGGAAACCCAAACAAAAAUAAUGAUGAAGAUGAAAAUGCAAAUGUAAACGAAAACGAAUAUAAGGACAAAGAAGAAAUAUAUAAUGAGGGAAAGAUUUGAAUGGAAACUAAAUUAAAUUAAAUAUAAAAUAGUGUAGUGCAACCAAAGAUACUUGUAGAAGUGAGAAUAGAAAUCUGAUGUAGAGGUGAUUGAAUGGAGCUCGCGAAACGAAAACCAACAAAUUAUGGAAAGUUAAAUUAGCGACGACAAAAAUGUCAUUUGUAAAAAAAAUACUCAUCCCCAUACUAAUUUUAUAUAAGACUAUUACUGUACGCUAAAUUUAGGCAGAGAGAAAGUUAGGGAAGGUAAACUAAAGGCAAACAGAUUUGCAGACUAGCAAGGUUCUUUCAUAAGGGGCAGGCAAGCCAAGUCGCAAUACUAAACUGUUAAAUUAAACUUGCGGGCACGAAAUAUAAAUGUUAAUGAAACCAAAGUAUUUAAAUGUAAGGAGGUAAGAAAAUAACACAUACAUACAUACAAAACACAUAUGGAAACAGUAGACGAAAAAAUAACACAUGAACAUAAUAUACUCAUCAUAGUUUUAUAAGUACUGUACAUUUCCUUUUUGAUAUUAUUUAUUACUAUUAUAAUACAACUAUUUAAGGCGUAUACUUAAAAUUUAGAUUUAAUUAAAAGUUACACAGUGUACGUGGGUGCAGAGCAAGCAAUUAUGCAACACGGGGGAGUCAAGAAUAGUUGCAAAUUGUAACCUUAACGCUUCAAAAGUAGAAGCUAAAAGAAAUGGAAGUUAUAUGUAUAAGAAAUUGCUAUAGUCAAAUAAGUAAUGUUGCACGCAUACAUAUUUAGUAAUUAUAGCAUUUUUUAACAACAAAUCACAACUAAAAGAUCAAUUCAUCGCAACGACAAGCAGUUAUAGGCCGGAAUUGAGUUAAAUUUUGCAAUGGAUGUUAAAACAUAUAUACAAGUUAUUGUAUGUAUAUUUAUAUAUUUGAAAGUGAUUGUUGAGAGUACAUUGAUAAAGAAAUUGAAUCUUGUUGAAAUAUCUCAAUUUUAGAGAAAUUAAAUAUUUCGUUAGACCAAAACCAUAUUUUGAGAGUAAGUAUGGACACACUCGAGAAGUAUAUACUACGAAUUAAUUUUGCAUAACUUUCAUUAUGUUUGCUGAGAGUGAAGUUCAAGCUUUUCAAUUUCUAAUGAAGUCAAAUCUUGAGUAUCAGACUUAAUUAAAUUCUAUUCCUUGUCUCUGAAAAAUGAAUACUACCAACCAAAAGCCUCUCAGGCAGACUUGACAUUAAGUUGACUCAAGUUUUUAUACUAAUUCCACUAUAGCAAAUAGUCCUUUAUAUAUAGCUGUAUUUAAUGUUUUGAUAUUUUAUUCACCAAAUCGUUUCUUUGCUGCUGGUAUAAAACACAUAAAUUGGCAUAAUUUGUUGUAAUUUAUGCUAGCUUGAGAAAGCUUGAAAAUUGUAUUCAGUAGUAAAAUUUUCGAUAGGGGAAUAGCGAAUCGAACAAACAACUGAUAUAAUAUCAACAUAUAUAGUGGCUUAAUGCAAUAGUGUUUGUUCCUGUUGAGGAUGUUACUACGCUACGUCUGAUUUUCACUAGUAAACUCUUUCACGAGAGACCGUACAGAAUAGCGUAUUACAAAAUAUUUUUACUUUUUAAUUUCUACGUUUAACUCGAAAUCCGGAUUAUCUCGUUCAAACCGGGACGAAUGGUCAGAUAAGGUUUUACCUCAUAAAUAUGUCCGAAAACUGUUUUGGAUUGAAUUAUUUUCGCUACUAAAUUUUUCAAGAGAGCAGCACUUAAAAAUAGUAAAUACCGUACAGGGUAAUUGAAGGCGGCUAAACUUUUCUAACGACUACUGUACUGAGAGACUUUCUUGUAUGAUGAUUUGUUAUUAAUUAUGCUUUAAAAUCUUCACAUACAGCACUUUCGGGCCAGAAGACACAAAAAGUACCCACAAACACACACUCAAAGACACCCUUAUAUAUACAUGUUGUGUAUGUAUGUAUUUAUCUGUAUGUUUACAACAAAAAAAGCAAAUUAGGCGAAAUGAGUUAAUGUUGAGCGUAAAUGAAAAUGUGUGUAUGCAUUAAAAUUAUUUAAUUAUUACUUUACUUUUUAUGUAGACGUAAUUAUAUCAUUAAAGUGUAUAAUUAAAUAUAAUUAUAAACAAAAACAUAAAAUGAAUUAAAAUUUAAAUUUAAAGUAAAAUGAAUACCCAAAGACUGUUUUCGUUCCAUCAAAUAUGUGAAAGUGAACAACACGCAUACAUGCAUACUUAACUUUAAUUAAUUAUAAACACUGGGAUGAAAAGUUGUACUAUUUGAAUAAGUAAAUAUACAAAAAAUAAAAAUAAAUGAAAAAACUAUACAUUUGUGAAAUUAAAAAAAAAUUAAAAACUUCUUUUUUUACACAGCAAAAACAAAAUUCGUAGAAAAUGUAGAAACAAAGUUUGGAUAACUAAGCUUGUGCUCUGAGGGGGUAGCGACUUGGUAAUUGGUGGUAUUAACCGACCCAUAUGGGUAAAUUUAAAACAAGUAUUUUUUUUUUUUAAUUCAUCUUUAUCAUGGUUUUUGAACUUAUGCUGCCCUCUCAAUCACAACUUCACAAUCUAUCGAAAACAUGUUGAAUGAUAGUAGAAAUAUGAGCGGUGAAUUAUAAUAGCAAAACAAGAAAAAACUAAAAGUCUCCUUCAUACUAACAAAUAUCUAACACAAACUGAAUUAAACAAAUGCGCAUAGCAGAGAAACAUUUAAUUAGACAAACUUGUAUUACGAAAAUGAUUAAAAGCAAAAGUGAAAACCAACUAAUUAACGCAAAACAAUGAAAAUGUAAACGUAAAAAUUACCUUAAGGUGAACUUAGCGCAAUUGAAGUAAUGAAUAAUAAUGGAUAAAUAAUGAAUAUGAUGAAAACGUAAAUUAAAAUUUAUAUAUAAAGAAACGAAUGCUAUUAAUAAGGAAGUGCAUAUGAAUGUGUUGAAAUUGAUUUCACAAAACUGGCAGACACUGUAAAUAGUUUUAGCAUAUAAUAGACGGCAAAUCCGCAAGCAGCCACGACAGGGGCUGUUUGCUUGUGUUCGGCACUAGUGUAUUAUGACGUAAUUGACGCAAAUAGUAUUUGAAUAUAAUUACACACAAGUACAUAUAUAAGGGAGCAAAUAUGAAAAACUAAUGGUUUUAAAUAGGUCACACGUAAACCAAAAACAAAAACAAAGAAUAAAUAAAUAAAGUAAGCAAGGAAAAGUAAAUAUAAAACAGUAUUUAUAUGUUUAACAAUUAAAGUAAAUUAAAUAGAUUUUAGUAAAAAUGAGGAGACAAAAUUUAGAAAUUAAAGUACACUUAAUUAAAAAAUGCAUCACAAUAUCUUACUAAACGAUUUCAACUACAUGAGAAUGAUGCUGUUGAAACGGAAUACCAUGUAUGUAUUAAAGAAUCGUUUAUAUAAUGAGAUUAUUCGUGAAUUCAAAAAUAGCACGACAAACACAUUUAACAACAACACCAUGCUAACGAAGGUAAUAAUACAAAUAACAAUAGACAAGAAAAGAAACAAAAAAUAACAACAAAAAUAAAGUAGUAUAAAAAAUUUAUUAAAUUACAGUUAAAAUCGUGCGUAAAAGUAAAAGUAUUUUCAGUUGAAAUGCAAACACUCGGCGAAAGAAGAACAAAAGCCUGUAAAACUAAAUAAGUAACAAUUCAAUUUUAAAAACUAAUUAUUAAAAGGCUAUAAAUGCUGAGGAUUGAAACGAAUACCAAAAAACUGAGUUGAUAUGUUUCAACUGCAAGCAUACAUGAAUCCAGAUUACAUCAUAAUUUUUUCUAAUAUUUUAUAUUUUUUGUAACCAAAUAACUUUUUUUAACUGAAAAUUAUUAUUUUUUUAUUUUCAUGGUUUAGGGCAUCAAAGGAAAAGCAUCAAGUUUCACAUUUAUGUUUAAUAAAUAUAUUAGUUAUUUUUUAUGAACUUGUAUUUUAUAUAUCAUUAUUAUUAUUAAUUUUUAUUAUUAUUUUAAAUUGAUAGUUUUACUUGCUUUUCAGUUUAUACGUAACCGAAUAUAUAAUAUAUUCACUUUAUAAUUCAGGCUACAUCUUAUUUUUGCCAUUUAUUUUAGUGUAAAAAUAUAUGUUUCACUUAAAAUAAUUAGCAUACACAAUGUUUGUUUUUUACAAAUUUUGAAUUAGUUUUAAUGUUACUAAAUACGUUUUUUCUAACAAAAUUACAUGUAAUUUUUUUGAUAAUCACCAAAUCGUUUGUAAAUUACCAUUAAAACCAUUUCGUAUAGUGUCUAAUUUUCAUUAUUUAAAAAUAAGAUAUACAUAUAGAAAAUUAGCUUCAGCUAAACCACACCCAGUGCAAUUUACGAUUUAUAUACAUACAUACAUACAUAUAUUGAAUACAAAUAUUUAUACACAAAACAUUUUACAUAUACUUUAACGUAGAUAAGUUAUAGAACAUUCAUACAUACAAACAAACACAUACAUAUACUCCAUAUACCUACAUACUAUUAUAAAAUCAAAAAUCAAAAUAUUUAUAUAAAAAUCAGAACUUAAACCAAGAUAUUUUUAUUUAAUAAGCAAUUGUUUUUUUUUUGUUAUUUUAGCAUAACUGACAUAAUAUGUAAUAAAUCAUACAAAUAAUUUAAAAACCUUUUUUAUCAAGAACAUUCCCAGUCAUACAGACAUAUGCAUUAGAAUGUUUUUACUUAAAACGACACGUACAAUGUAUCGUGAAAAUAGCAAUAACCAAUGUAAUUAAGUCAGCCAAGUUGUUAAACAUGAGUCAACGUAGAGUUGUGGAAGCCGUAUUUGUUACCUACAAUCUAACACACUCACACAAGAGAUCUUAUUAUUAUGUUUGAACUCGAUUAUUCACACAAUUCAUGCUGUACGACUUUUGAAAAUAAAAUUGAAUAUUAUCGGAAAUCAUA